AAACGUAACCCUAGAAUUCGUGCAGUAUUAAAAUUGGAUGUAGCGUACUCUCACUAAGAACACGCGCCUCUUCUUCCUCAUUCAUCUCUCACUCUCUCUUCCUCUGCACCGUUUCCUGUCGGCUUUCUCUGUCCACCCUCUUUCGUCGGAUUUUAAAACCCUAGACUACCCGUUUCUCUAACCCCAACUCAAAUCAGUUCGAAUCCAAUCCAAUCGACGCGCUAGAACUUUCUCAAUCGAUGCAGUCAGGCGUUUGUUGCUAGGCUGCUGUAUUCUCGUAGCUGCUCCUGCUGUUUUAUGGAAAUACGUGUCAUUAGUAAUAGGUGAGAUGUUCCAGUUCUGGCCAUGUGGUUCGUGAAUAGUAUGAUUGCUUCCAUGGUGUGUUUUGGAAGGAGUCAGACGUUAGGUUAAUUUGUACUUGCAACUGACAAACUGAACCUCAGCUUAGCCUUUCUAUAUCUUAUAGAUGGAUCGGCGUGAUACUUCUGGAUUUGUCAGCGGGGGUGCAUUGUACACCUGUAGACAUAUCUAACCCUUAACUUUGUAGAUAAACAUCUAUAUCUUUUUUACCCUGAAGUCAGGAAGGUUGUUCUGUUAAAUUCAUAAAUAGGAGUAGAUAUUGUUUCCUACAGUGGUUUCAUUACUUUAAUGGACGUGAGGUUGAAAUCAUUUUUGGGAUUUGCUGCUAAUCAUUCUGCAAAUGCAUUCAAGAUUUUGGGCAAUUCUAUGCAAGCUGAAGGAAGGGGAGCUGAUCAGUAUGGUACAGAUACCAUCUUACGACUUGAUUCCCCUGGUUCUUCAAUUCCCACCCAUGUGCCCUCUCCUAAGGGAACAAAAAGGAAGUGGGAUUUAAUUGAUGGAUGUAUGGGUCAAAGAGUCGACUCAUCUUUGUCACUUGGGCUUGGGCGUUCAACCAGUUCCUCUGAUAGCAAGGGUAGUUCGGCUGCUGCUUGCACAGCUGUGUCUUCAGCCAAAGAUGUUGAUGAGGAAUCAUCAAUGGAUAUUGAACUGGACUUUUCUCUCCAUCUUGGCUGUGAGAAGGUACAAAGCCAGAAGAAAUUUGUUAAUUCAAGUUUGAAGACACUGGAGCUGCAACCAAAAUUUGAUUUGGAAUUAAGCCUUUCUACUGGGCCCUGUGAGUCAGAUAUUACAAGCAUACAUCUAAAUCCUUCACCUCUUCAAUUGAAUAUGGAGAUGCCAUUAGCGUUCAGUGGGACACAGAAUGCAGACGAGGGAUCAACUUCAUGUAGUUGGAAGCCAGGGAUUGUUUUGCCAUCUUCAAAGACGGCAUCAAAUACAGGCACUAGUUUUCUUCUAAAUCAGGCUUCAGAGCAGUUUGAUCAUAGUCCCGUUGUUCUGGAUCUCUCGUCAACCAGACCUAAAAGUUCAGUUACCUGCACUUCUGGGCUUACACAGCAGCAACAGCCACUGCGCCCCAGUAAUUCUAAAACAUGUCAAGUGGAGGGAUGCGGAAAGGGUGCCAGAGGAGCUUCUGGAAGAUGUAUAUCUCACGGUGGGGGUAGGAGGUGUCAGAAACCUGGCUGCCACAAAGGAGCCGAGGGUCGCACGGUUUAUUGCAAGGCACAUGGAGGUGGCAGGCGAUGUGAAUUCCUUGGUUGCACAAAGAGUGCAGAAGGACGUACAGAUUUCUGUAUUGCCCAUGGUGGUGGCCGGAGAUGCAGUCAUGAAGGCUGUACCCGGGCUGCCAGAGGGAAAUCUGGAUUGUGCAUACGACAUGGUGGUGGUAAGAGGUGCCAGAGAGAAAACUGCACCAAGAGUGCCGAAGGUUUAUCAGGCCUUUGUAUCUCACAUGGUGGAGGUCGUCGAUGCCAGGCUCCUGGAUGUACAAAAGGGGCACAAGGGAGCACAAUGUUUUGCAAAGCACAUGGUGGGGGAAAACGGUGUACAGCACCAGGGUGCACCAAAGGCGCUGAGGGGAGCACCCCUUAUUGCAAGGGCCAUGGAGGGGGAAAACGCUGUACGUAUCAGGGUGGUGGAGUAUGUACUAAAAGUGUGCAUGGAGGUACCAACUUCUGUGUGGCACAUGGGGGUGGAAAGAGGUGUGCUGUACCAGGAUGCACAAAAAGUGCUAGAGGAAGGACUGAUCAUUGUGUCCGCCAUGGUGGAGGCAAGAGAUGCAAGUUUGUAGGGUGUGGAAAGAGUGCUCAAGGCAGCACUGACUUUUGCAAAGCACAUGGGGGAGGCAAGAGGUGCUCUUGGGGCCAUCCUGGUUCAGAGUAUGGUAUUCAACAGGAUGGUCCUUGCAAUUCGUUUGCAAGGGGGAAAACAGGUAUGUGUGCUCUUCAUAGUGGGCUGGUGCAUGAUAAGAGGGUUCACGGAGGUAUCUCACUGGCAUCUGUUGUUCAGAAUCCUCAUUCGAGUAAAACAGAUGAACUAAAACAGUUACUCGUUGACAAAAACAUGGAUAUAGAUAUGAUGAAAAUAGGGAGUAGCCUUGGCUCGGCUGCAACCUGCUCUGACUUCAAGCAGUUUGAAGCUGUAACUGCUCAUAUCUCAGCCAAGGAAGGUGGUCACUUGCCAAUGUCAGUUGCUGUUCCUGAAGGCAGGGUGCAUGGUGGAAGUCUGAUGGCAAUGCUGACUGGGAGUUCUAGCCGUGGCACAAGCAGCGGGAGAAGUCUAGUUAGCGAUCCAUCCGAACCAAUCAAAGGUUAUUCCAUGCCCCAGAAUUGGAUGGAAAGCUAGUUAUCGUUUUCUUUCUCAUUGUCUCCUUAGUUAACAAAUUUUAUCAGCAUGUUACAUUAUUACUCCAUUCUACGUUAGAUUUUGACGAAUUUAGUUAUUCUUUUCUUCCUAUGAAAUUGAGUUGGGAGAAUAACCAAGUCGUUUGAAAAUCUCGUGGAGGGGAUUUAUCAUGUUAGGAAAUUGUACUUUGAUCAGGUAGUUGGUGAUGUUCUUUUUCACAUUCUUCCUUCCUCUGUAAAUAUUACCUGUAAUGUAAGUUCUGUCAGUGUGUCAUGUAUUCUAUUUAAUAAUAAAACUUCACUGAGAUUGUAUUUGUUAUAA